UAGAUUAAGACUUUGAUUACAGCCUAACAAAAAACAUGUAUGAAGCCUUCAAGUGCUACGUCAUCCACCAACCACAGAGUAGAGACACGCGGCCGGAAAAGCAGAAAUUGUUGAGCAGAUCGUACCCGGAGAACCCAUUAACCCGGCGAUCGACACGCGCGCCCACCAACCAACCAAACCACCCUCAAGCCUCGAAAGGGGAGACGCGGAGUCAGUCCUACUCAAUCGCCGCUGCCAGGCUCGUCACCCGCACCCAUCCGAAAACCACAGGGUAACCAGACGCGCCGACUUCCCCCGCCCCGUGUGAUCGCGACCACCCUGCAGGAUGAUUCGCGUAUCAUCUCCCGUCUCCACGCCGUUUCAGGCCAUCGCCGAUCGUCUCCCGCGAUCCUGUCUUGGCGAGCUGCGAGGAGAGCGUCGUUUCUUGAUGUGGAGGGAGCGGCUGCUGCUUCUCGUGGCGGCCCUGGUGACCAGCGCCCUCGCGAGCUCGCCGGAGGCCGCGCUGCAGGUCGGCUUCUACCAGCCGACGUGCCCGAUCGCGGAGGACGUCGUCCUCGAGGAGAUGAAGCUCAUCCUGCUGGAAGAUUCGACACUCAUGCCGUCCCUGCUCCGGAUGCACUACCACGACUGCUUCGUUCAGGGCUGCGACGGAUCGAUCAUGCUCAAGUCGAGGAAGGGGAAGGCGGAGAGGGACGCGCUCCCCAACCGCAGCAUGCGAGGGUACGACGCCAUCGAGAGGAUCAAGGCCCGACUCGAGACCGUCUGCCCGCUCACCGUCUCCUGCGCCGACAUCAUCGCCAUCGCCGCGAGAGACGCCGUCUACUUGAGCGAAGGGCCGUGGUACGACGUGGAGACCGGGCGGCGGGACGGCAACGUCACCGUGGCCGAGUACGCCGAGAACGAUCUGGCGCCGCCGGACUCCAACAUCGUCGACGUGAAGACCUUCUUCAGCGUCAAAUCGCUCAACUCCAAGGACAUCGCCGUCCUCUUCGGGUGCCACAGCAUCGGGACCUCCCACUGCGAGCCGAUCCAGCAGCGGCUCUACAACUUCACCGGAAAAAUGGACCGGGACCCGUCGCUGGACCCGGCCUACGCGGCGCAGCUCAAGAAGCUCUGCCCUCCGCCCGGCCCCGGUGACCGCGGCCAAGGUAAGACCAAGGUGCCCAUGGACCCCGGCAGCGGCAACACGUUCGACCUGAGCUACUACCGGCACGUUCUCGCCACGGGCGGGCUGUUCCAGUCCGACAGCAGCCUCCUCGACGACCCCGUCACCAGGGGAUACGUCAAGAAGGUGGCCAACGCGACGUCGCCGGACGAGUACUACGUGGACUUCGCGGCCGCGAUGGUCAAAAUGGGGCGCACCGACGUGCUCUACGGCGACCUGGGGGAGAUCAGGCCGACGUGUGGCGCUUUUGUCGACUAGGUUCAGUUGCACAUAUAAACGGUUAAUCUGUACGAUCUUCUGUUAAUAUGUAUUCUUUAAGUGAUAUUUUUAUUCAGAUUUAGAACAUGCUUUUGCUCAGAAGAGGAUGAACUGUAACAGUGUGUGCAUUAAGAAUUAUGUUCUGUUCACACGCUCGUCAUUGACGAAUGCCAUGCCAAGAGCUAUUUAUUC